AUGUCUGACAGGAGAUCAAGCAAGCGAUCUGCAGCAGCGCGAGUUCGGAGGAAUGAGGAGAAGCGUGCUCGCCAACGCCAAAGUUGGAGAGAAGCUGAGCACGUUCGGUCAUCGCUGACGAAUUUAGAAGACAAGGCAGAGAAUUGGAGGUCUCAGUGGGAGUCUGACCAGGCCAAGGGCUUAACGGACGGUACGGCUGGUCCUGGGUUUUGCCCUUGGUCCAUCCCAUACGGACCUCGUACACAACUUCAGUCGUUGUUGGUCGACGCGUUGAAAGCGAAAAUUCGAGAAUUCGCAGCGACGGACUCUGGCAGGUUCGUCCAUAGAUGGUCGUCACUGCCGCGCGCUGAACAGGGUGGUUUUGAUUGGAGCAGUGUUGAACGCGAUCUCUAUAUUCUCGCUGAUCAGUUGAGAGACGAAUGGUGUGCUCUGCUUCACGUGGAUGGGCGCGUUGCACGCUCAGGCUCGUCGUUACGGCCCCUCCUACUUUCUAAGCUAGCGGCUGUAUUCAAUCCGAACUUUCCUGAAGACUGGCAGAUCAUUGAGGACGUCGAUCGAGGUAUGAAUAUUGGUGUGAGGGAACCGAUUGAAAUGGCUGGCUGUUGGCCACCCUACAAGGCUAAAGAUGUGCCAGGUCACCCUAUCACGCUGUUCGAGAAGGACAGCUUCAGGAAUUAUAAAUCGGCCGAGACGGAGGAAGGGCGAAGGAUCGUAGCAGACUGUCUCGGGAAAGAGAUCGAGAAGGGAUACCUAGUCAAGGAGACAGACCCUGAUCACUUACCAGCUGAUGCGAUAGUUAGUAAGAUCGCCUUACUUGAGAAGCCCGGCAGAGUUCCGAGAGCAUUCAGAUUGAUAUCUGACCUUAGGCGAAGCGGUGCCAAUGAUGCCAUCAAGAAGAGCGGCCAUCUCAAGGAUACGGCUUCCCUUCCUGGCCUUCGGGCGGUGGCUCUGUUGGCGGCACACGCUGUGGAACGCUUCGGAGUGAGUGCGAGAUUCAUAGAGUUGGAUGCUGCGGAAGCGUUCCGCCAGCUGGCCGUGGAUUCUCGCGAUGAAAAGUAUCUGUAUGGUCGCCUCCAUCUCGAGGUCGAGAUCCCACCAGAGAAGGUGGUCAUGAUAUGCCAGCAGGGCGAUCAUAUCCUCGAGCAGUACAACACUAAGCAUAAGGUCGCCAUCAAGGACGUGGAGUCCUUCCUUGCUCUUUACUCUUGGUGCCACAAGCUGAAGUCAGUGGCAGGGGCAAAUGGGAAACCCCUGCACUCGGCAUAUCUCGGGAGGAAAGCCGCGGAGAAGAUCAAUCUCCUCCUAGAGGAUAUCUUGGGCGUACGGCUCUCUGGUACUCAACAUAUGAUAGUAAUCACCGACGCCAGUCUCGCAGGGUUCGCUGGUACAAUGCUCAUUGGGAGUCAGAGAUAUUGGUUCUGCGAACUGGAGUCAGGACACAUCAGUACACUCGAGUUACUGGCUGCGAUCGUCGCUGUGCUGGCUUCAGUGCGCAGCUGCGGUAUCGACAGAACCGAGGCGGACUUCACCGUCCUAAGCGACAACAUCUCCACAGUUGAAGCCUUGAAUAAGGGUACUAGUGGUUCACAGCGUAUGGCGGAUCUCUUGGCAAGACUUUCGGCGAUGGGCAUGAACCAUCGUUCAAUUCGCGCCUUUCAUCUACCCGGAACUGAGAACGUCAUAAGUGAUAGCCUCUCGCGCGAUGGCGUUCCUCGCCCUGCAAUUGCUCGUGUCAUCGGUGAGCGCGUCGAUAUACAACCUGUGUUGCAGGAGAUAUUACGCACUGAUCCGUUGAAGGCCCCAAUCUGCUUGAUGGCUAGCAAAGCCGGCAAAGCUCGUAUUGUACUUGGAGUUAACUGCCCUCUCUUAUAA